UUCUACCGUGCAGUCCAACCCAAGUCCCUAACCCUGUCCGCGGAUUCCUCUCUGCUCUCUCCCGUUUUCCCAGUUCGCGUCGCGCAGCAGCCUCCUCUCUCUCUCUCUCUCGGUCUUCAAUCACUCUCUCAAACUCUGUCGCUCAUUCCCAGCGGUGACCCGCGACUCUCUCGGCCGUCAGUCUCUCAUCUCGCCGUCAGCUUCUUCUUUUUGCUGAAAUAGAUUAACACCGGCUGGCUUGUUGUGGGUAUCGGAGCGCUCUGUUAUUACAAUUUUUUGUCAGCCUCAAGCUCUGAUUUUAGGGGGAUGAAGAUUUUACAGGCCAAUUCCGGUGUGCUUACCAAUUUUGAUGUGCUCAACUUUCUAAAGUCCAAAGGGGCUUCAAAACAUCUAGCACGGGUUCUUGCUAAUGUAGCGCCAUCUGAGUAUAAGGUUUUUGAUUACUUGGUUGCGACUCCUGCUUGUACUCAGACAAGAGAGAGUAUUCAUGAGUUCAAGGAGAAGUGUAAGGAAUAUGACCUUGCAGAAGCUGAGGUGCUCAAUAUCAUCAACUCUAGGCCAUAUAACGUCGUUGGAAUCUUCCCGAUGAUAGAGGAUAUCGAUAACCGUCUAGGAGAUAAAAUUCAAGAUCUAGUAGAUAUGGUGGUAGAAGUGUUACCAUCUCUACCCGUUCCAGCAGCAACUUACGAUAGUGAGGCAAAAACCACGGAUGCAGAAAAAAUUGAAGAUGAGAACGAUAAUGAUGAAGAGGAACCAAUUGAGACAGAAUGAUCAGAAGGAUUCCAGCAUCAAUGAUCGAAGUUUAAGUCUCGAAAUUUUCUUCACUUGUAGGUUUAUGGUCUCAAAUCAAGUUUAUCAUGAGCAACUAUUUACUGUCCAUCUUGUAUACUUGGAUUGCAUUUGUGGUUUCGCAAGCGACUGUCGAAUGUUGUCAUGAUAGCAGGAAUGAAGAAACUUAUAGGUCGUGGUUUCUUCUAUUUUGGUUGUGGUUCAAGUAAACUUCUCUGGUUGCAUGUCAUUCACUAUUUUGCCCAUAAGAAACUGAAGUUGUUUGAAGGAGGAUUUACAUGGAUUUGUCUUCCCUAAUUGUUUGAAGGAGAAUUUACAUGGCAUGGGUACACCUCCACGAUGGUGUUUCGUGCCCAUGAAAUAAAAGACGUGUAAAUUUUUAUCCA